GUUUACAACGUAGAAUUCCUCUUUGCAUCGCCGUGGGCUGCGGGUCUGCAGCCUCCAUCCGUGAUUUGUCUCCUACUUCAUCCUGAGUUUGCAUCAUUGUGGAUGAAUCGUAAUUUUUAAACAUUAUCUUGGCGGCAGUUUGCGAGAACAGCCGCUGCCCGGCCGAAGUUUCACUUUCGUUUCUGGAAUGUAAUUAAAAUCGAUAAACCCCUGAAACCUAAUUUACAGAUGACUCACGGCAACUCCCAUCUUCAAAACUACAGUUUCCAGUGACGCUCUAAACCUCGCCCCCCUUGUCUCAUUUUAUCUUCGUUUUCCGAGCCGUACCUUUCGCUCGAGUAUUAUUUAACACAAAACCAAAAAUCGAAAUGUCCAGGAAACUUACUUUGAGGCAGAAACGUGAAGUCGGGCUGCAGUUUAUAAAUUUUCUCCAGGAAAUAGGCGAACAACAAGUGACCGACAAAGAACAGCUUAAAUUUAUUUACAAUUCUCAGUUCAGGCGCAGAGAUGGUGUUUUGAGUGCCAACUUCUCAAGUGUAAUUUAUUCUCUGUCUAAAUCAGGCAAGGCCCGAGUGUCUGGCGGUGAGAUUUCCUUUACCUCUCAGAGGAGAAAAGUGGUGUAUGUUGACCAGUAUUGGCAUCGGUCCAACCCCACUGACAAUCUGGGAUCAGCACAGUCUCCGGCCUUUGUCCCUGAGCCAGGGAGGAGGGGCCGUGCCAGAAAUAUCAUUCGUCAGCUGAAAAAGAACAGGCAUGCGCUGAUCCAAAAUAAACAUGGCAUAAAGGUAAAAUCAGACUUUGACACUGAUGGAGGGAAGAUCCAAGUACCUGUCAGCCCCAUCCAGCCAAGUACCUUCAUCAUCGAGGUGGUGAACGAGGGAACCGAAGUGGUGACUUUUUUAAGAUGUGAGAUGCUUCGCCGGUUCCAUGUGUUCACUUUGAAGGAUGAGAAGAACGUGACCAAUUCCCAACCUUUGCAGCUGAAUCCAGGAGACACCCAUAAAAUUGAAGUAAUUUGCUCGAUGGUUCACCCUGGCUUUUUCCCGGUAACACUCGUCUUUCAGUUCCAAAAUGAGAGCUUUACUUUCCACAUCAUUCGCUUCUUCUCGGCAAGAACAACCAGCAGGCUGAUUGAAGAAUUAAAGCCAACCGCUCCCUACAAGCCAUACCAGCUUGGCACUCGACGACCAACAGAAGAGAUUGUUGAAGAAGGAGUGAAGCCGGACUGUUCCUUCAGCAACCAACUGGAAAGAGAAGUCGCUCUUCACUUGUAUAAAUACUCCACAAGCUUUUUGAGAGCUGUAAAAAGUGGAUUGAAGGAUGCCCACCAUCUCAGUCCUGAUGUGAGCCAGGAGAUACAAAGAAUUAAUUCUUUACUGGCUUCUAACCUGCAGUUCGAAAAUUAUGCUGAGAGAUUCUCAUUGUUGCUCCAUUUGGAGGAAAUUCAGAUGGAAGUUGACAUUACCAGGUACAACAUGGAGAAUGUUACCAUGAAGAAGGAAAAUAGACUUCUUGUUCUCAAGGUCCCUGGUGUUGCUGAAAAUAGACCCUCAGUGCUCAGAAGAGAUCAUCUGCUGGUGUCGAAGAGCGAUGAUCAAGGGCAACCAAUCACCCGCUACAAGGGCUACGUACAUCAAGUAGAACUGGAGCAAGUUAAGCUGGGAUUUUCCCAGAAACUUUUGGAUGAUUUUAUAACAAACAUGAAGUUCAAUGUCUCGUUCACAUUUAAUCGAUUCCCAUUACAAAUGCAGCACCGAGCAACAUAUUUAGCAAAGGCCUCCGGUCUAAUCAAUGUGCUCUUUCCAACUUACUCUGAUGGGGUUUGCAUCCAUCCUUUGGACCGAAGGUUGAACUUUCAUGAUCGGUCCCUUGAGAGAAAUCCCGAACAAGCCAGAGCAGUCAGUUGCAUCGUUGCUGGGAUCUCCAGACCUGCUCCGUACUUGAUAUUUGGUCCACCAGGAACUGGAAAGACGGUCACUAUUGUGGAAGCUAUAAAACAGGUGCUGCACUGUAUACCAACAGCCCGUAUCCUCGCCUGUGCACCAUCUAACAGUGCCACUGACCUGCUCUGCCAGCGAAUCAAGAAAUCUAUUGAGAAAAGACACAUUUACCGCCUCAAUGCUGCCAGUCGGAGCUGGAACACUGUCCCGUCAGAUAUAAAGGAGUGUUCAAACUGGAAUGAAUCUAGUAGGAGUUAUGAGUUCCCAUCCAAAGAAACUCUAAUGCAAUAUCGAGUCAUUGCCAGCACUUUGAUAACUGCUGGAAGAUUAGCUUCUGCAAAGUUCCCACCUGGUCACUUCUCUCAUGUAUUCAUUGAUGAGGCUGGACAUGCUGUUGAACCUGAAAGUAUCAUCGCUAUUGCAGGAUUGCUAGAUCCAAUGGAUUCGGAAACCAACAGAGAUGGUGGACAAUUGGUUCUGGCUGGGGAUCCAAAGCAGCUGGGACCAGUGCUGAGAUCCCCCAUCGCCAUCAAGCGCGGACUAGAAUUGUCUUUGCUGGAGCGGUUGAUGAACACCAACACUCUUUACCAGAAAAAUUCAGCCAACGGAUCCUACAACCAAGAUUUUGUAACAAAACUUCUUCGCAAUUACAGGUCCCAUCCCGAGAUCCUCAAGAUUCCUAAUGAAUUGUUCUACGAGGAAGAGCUUCAGAAUCAUGCUGAUCCAAUAAUCAGCAACUCUUACUGCCAGUGGGAAUAUUUGCCUAAGAAGAAAUUCCCGUUAAUUUUCCAUGGAGUUCUAGGACAAGAUCAGAGAGAAGAGAAGAGCCCAUCCUUCUUCAAUGUUGAUGAGAUUGAUCUAGUGCUGUUCUACCUCAAAAACCUGCUGACCAACCAGGGGAAGAAAGGUCUCGCCAAGAUUUCACCCAAGGAAAUUGGUGUGAUUGCUCCUUACAGGAAACAGGUGGAAAAGAUCAGAAAGGCAAUAAACGUAGUGGACAGGGAGCUGAAGGCAAUGGAUGACAUCAAGGAGUUGAAGGUGGGGUCGGUUGAGGAGUUCCAGGGGCAGGAACGGAAGGUAAUCAUCAUCUCCACUGUCCGAAGCAGCUCAGACUACCUGCAGAUAGACGAGAAUUUCAAUCUAGGAUUCCUCAAAAACCCAAAGCGGUUUAAUGUUGCACUGACCAGAGCCAAGGCCCUGCUGAUAGUGAUUGGAAACCCUAUAAUCCUUACCAAGGACCCAAACUGGAACAAGUUCCUGGAUCACUGCAAGGUCAAUCAAGGUUACACUGGCUACAGAGAUGAAGAUGAUGAUAUUGAAAAUGACCUCAUUGAUCACCUUGAUCAGCUCAACCUUGGCACAGAAUCAACAGGUGAUCCUGAUGAUAUCAGCAUUAUCCAACAACAGCUGGAGCCAGAAUGGAGAAGUGAAGUUUAAUUGUCACUGGACAAGAUAAUGUGAAUAGUAUCCUGACACUUGGAUGAUUAAAAUUGAAGAAAAUGCUGUGUUCGGGAAAUCUUUAUACAAAUAUUUAAAAUGGAAACCAAUUUUUCAAUUGAUUCUGAACCAAGAGUAAUUUAAUACAUUUCAGAAUUGAAAUUUUAAUAGCUUUCUACUAAUGAGACAUUUUGUAGUUUUAUGUCAUUGCUGCAGUUCUUUUCAGAAUAUUUUUCUAUGGCUGCAAUGAGUACAGAUUUGAAUUUUGGUAAGUGUGUUUUGAGUUGUAUGCAAUUCAAGUUUGUCUUGUGUAAAUGUAUUGUAAAUUAUUUGGGCAGUUUGACACAGGCCAGGAAGCCCAUUCUACUUCUGAGCUGGUUUAAUUUGAUUAGGCAGGAGGUUACAGAGCCUAGCAAUCAAGGUGGGAGUGCAUCAACCAGCAAUCCUUAUUCCUAUUUGAGACUCUUCACAAUAAGUACAGACUUUAGGAAAGGGUAGGAUUGGAGUUAACUAUGAGUCAGACUUGAGGAAGCUGGCUGCUCUAUUGAGACACUGGACCUUUGCUAGUACUUUAUUGGUGGAAUAAUUAAUGCAGACUUAAACCAUAAAAUUUACCUAUACCCUUCAUUAAACUACCUGUACAUUGUAAGAAGGUAGAUCCUUUAUGCUGGACUUAUAUUGAUCUUGGAUGCAAAUGUGCAUUUUCAUUGCAUGUUUUUAGAAACUCUUGCUCCAGCUAUAUAUAGGUCAAUGAAGAUUUGUAUAACAUCCAUAUCUGUGUGCUCUCUGUUUUAGUUUAACUGGUGAAAUGAGUGAGAGACUUACUAGAUCUACUACAUAAUCAUUUUAACUUUGGUUUAGGUUUGCUUCAUUUAAUUGGCUCUUCUCCUGAGCAGUCAGCCUCAAACUGGGAAGAUAAUACAAAAUAAGCAAGACUCAAUUCCAGUUGCAAGUUACUGUAAUACUCCUCUAAUACAGAAUCACUUGUUUCCUUAUUCUAGCUUUCAUUGAAGUUUAGGUGGGAACUGUACUACACAUGGUAGUAGUACUCAUCAGCAGUGUUUUUUUAAAAAUGUUCUCAUCUCUGGAAUCUCAGUUUUGAGAUUUUACACAAAAUGGUUGAAUUUGAGUCUUGGUAAUAUAGUGGAUAAAUCAUGCAGUGAGAGCCUAUAGUGACAGGUUAAUGUGUUGGUUACAGCACUGCAGCAUUUGGUAUUUCAAAGUGGUUCUAAAUGCCUUGUUAUUGGAAUUCCUUUUUUAAAGGAUCACCACCUUAAGGUAUGUUUUUGGUUACUAGUCUUUAAUACAUGAUAAUCUGGUGUUAAAAUUGGUUGGCAUUUUAUAUUGGGAUAGUUGAUGCCUUACUUGUAAAUUCAUACAAAUGGCCUGUACCUCUAAUCCCAAUAAAUGCAAUGCUAAAUGUCAGUUGUAUGGCCUAGUCUCUA